ACUACAUACAUGCCAGAGGGUACUGCUAACCCAUGAAACAUUUUUUGGCAACAAGUCACUAAUUCAAUUCAAUUUCAUUUAUAUAGUGCUUUUAACAAUAGACUUAGUCAUAAAAGAGUUUUACAGUAGUCCAGAUGGAAUUUUAUAUUUAGAUCCAUAAUGAGCCAGCCAGAGGCAACAGUGGCAAGGAAAACCUCCCUAAGAUGACAUGAAGAAACCGUGAGAAGGAACUAGACUCAAAAAGGAACCCUUUCUCUUCUGGGUGACACUAGACAAUGGAAUUAUAAAUCAUUACUCUUCCACAAUUGUUUUGUUGUUUAAUAUUAAUAUAGUACUUUGAACAAUGGACAUUGUCACAAAACUGUUUCACAGCAAUCCAGGUGUAGAUUUAUAUUUAGAUCCCUAAUGAGCAAGCCAGAGGCAAGGAAAAACUCCCUUAAAGGACAUGAGGAAGAAACACUGAGGAGCAACUAGACUUAAAAGGGAACCCAUCCUUAUUAUUACUCUUUCACAUUUUUAUAUUACAAAGUCAAAUAGUGUUGAAAGGAUGUUCAGUAUGAGCAUUAUAGUGUUUAUCAUUACAGGAACAGUUCUUAUGUACAACUCUAUAAUGUCCAGGUGAGAUUAUCCACUGAAGAUUGGAUGAUCAUUACGUUAUCCAUGUGGAACCAUCCAUAGCAAAGCAGAAGUUAUGUCAGAAGCACUGAUGCUCCAAGCACAAGUAUUAUUACUACUAUGGAAUCAAAGCAUCCCAUACAUCUCUAUGCCAAUGAACCCAACCCCAUACACAUUUAACUAAAAAAAAAAAAGAAAAAAAAAGCUAUUUUAACAAUAUGGUAGACUAUUCAAAUUGGUUUUCAACCUAGACUGAAUUGGUUCUUAAGACUGAGACUGUCUGAGUAGCAGACACUAAUUGGAAGGCUGUUCCAUAACUGGACCAACCCACCUAAUUAUUAUACAAGACACAGAAAUGUAAGAAAAAAUACAUAAAGAAAUAAAAAAUAAAAAAAUUGAAAUGAAUAAAUGUAUAAAUAAAUAAAUAUGGAAAUAAAUGAAUGUGGGAAUAAAUAAAUAGAAAAAUAAAUGAGUGGAUAAAUAAAUAUACAAAUAAAUUGAAAAAAUAAAUAAAAGUAAAAAAAUACAGAAAAUAAUAAAUGAAGGAAAAAAAGUAAUACAAAAAUACAUUUAGGAUUAAAUUUAAUAAAAAAAAUUAUUUGCACUUGUUUUAUCAAAUCAUUUAUUCCUUUUUUAUUUUCCGAUUACAUUUAUUUAUGUAUCUAUUUAUUUGUAUAUUUAUUUUUCAUUUCUGCAGGUUUGGUUCUCCGUAUUUAUGACCCUUUUGGAUUGCCAUAGUAUAAACUGGGCAUUGCUCGUCUAAAGCGCAGCGCUUCAGUGCGGAUAUUCGGUGCUGUAGGUGGAGACAUGGAGGAGCAGCCAGUUGUUCGGAUAGGACGCACGGAAGCUGGGGUUUGAAAGCAGGGAAACCCGUGGAUCUCACUAAAGCUUGUACCUGGCGCGGUCAAAGUGUUGCAAAUAUGGCAGAGGAUCCUCAAAGGAACUUCAGGUCAGCGUAUUAUGAAAAGGUGGGCUUCAGGGGAGUGGAAGAAAAAAAGUCACUUGAAAUUCUUCUGAAGGACAAUCCGCUUGAUAUGGAAAAGUUAAGUACAUUCAGUCAGAGGUUUCCAUUACCCUCUAUGUACAGGAUCCAUGUAUGGAAAGUCCUGCUUGGUAUCCUGCCUCCACAUAGCGAUUCUCAUGCUCUGGUAGCACGUUACAGGCAAGAGCAGUAUGUGGAUAUAAAAGAAGCUCUUCUGGCCAUGCGCUUUGUGCACACAGGCACGCCACACACUGAGCUAUACCUUCGCAUGCACCAGCUAGAGAACCAGCAGUUGCCUUGCCGGUCAGAGCUCACACAACCUGGUGAAGAGGAUGAAGAUUUCUUGGCAAUUGCCAGGGUAAUGGAGGAGAUUGUGGAUAAUCCGGUGGACUGCUAUUGGCUGAUUAGGUGCUUUGUCAACCAAUUUAAUCACAAGUUCGGCGAUUCCAUACCUCACCUGCCCAAGAGUCUGGAGCAUUUCCUCUCUCAGGAGGACGGUUGUCUUUUGGCCCAUCUGAAAACGUCAGGCAGUCUGGCUGUACUGCCCUAUUCCCUUUGGUUCAGACGCUGUUUCGCAGACUGCCUGCCAGAGACCAGCCUACAGAGAGUUUGGGACAAGGUGAUCAGCGGUUCCUGUAAAAUCUUGGUUUUCGUGGCUAUGGAGAUAUUGUUGAGCUACAAGAUCAAGCUCAUGGGAAUGAGUCGAUCAGAUGCAGUGGUAAACUUCCUGAGCAAUAUGCCGCAGGAGAACACGGAUGCCAUAGUGACCAAAGCCAUCGAACUGUGGCACAAGUACUGUGGUACUCCCAUGCACUCUGUUUAAGUGAACUCUGUGUGCACUCUGAGAAGUGUGUGGUGCCUGUGAGCACCUUAUGAUCUUCAGACUCUACAGCUCCAUGGCUACGUUUACAUGCAGCCUAAUAACUCGACUGAUAGCUAGGUCAGAUUAGAUGUUCAUGUAGACAGAAAUUGAGGUCAGUCUGAAUGAAAUAUUCUGUCUGAUUGAACAAGGUGGGUAAUCCUUUUAAUAAUCUGCUAAACAGAAGAGUAAUAGUCAUGUACAUUACUGUGUCUGAUUAAUUAACGUUUGCUCGUGUCUGAUCGGAAUUAGCACAUGCAUUUGGGGGGGAGGUAAUAAAGUAGGUAAAAACCUUUUGAUAAAACUUUUAAUUCUUGUGUUAUUCUCAAAAAUGGAAACCCCGGAAAGGGAUUAUACAGUUCCCUCCAAAACUAUUGGAACGCCAAGACAUUUGCGUUUGAGAUCAGAAGAUGAAUGAGAGUUUAGAACUUCAGCUUUUAUAUGUAUUUGUAUGUAGACGUGUUAAAUAACAAAGAACAUAGCACAUUUUGUAUAAGACCACCUGGUUUGUGGGCAAGCAAAAAUAUCGACGACAAGGUGUUUCUUGUUACCCAGGUGUGUCCUCUUAGAUUGAUUGUUUAAACAAUAAAUAGCUCUGAACAUCUACUCUUGGCUUUAGCCUUCAGGUUCACCUGUGAAGUCUGCAUUUGUUGUUAAAAAGGAUAAACCAACAUGAAGAUCGGAUAGCUGUCUAUGGGAGAAAAGAGGGAAAAUCAUUCAGAUGCACUGCACAAACUUUGAGUACAGCCAGUACAUCCAUUUGGAAUGUCCUGAAAAAGAAAGAAACCACUGCAUUGCACCUGAUGACAAAGAGAAUGAAGGGAGAAACCCCCUGAAACAAAUAACUGAAAGAGGCUGCGGUAAAAGCCUGGAAAAGCAUCACAAAAGAGGAAACCAAUAAUUUGGUGGUCAGUGAGUCACAGUCUUGAUGCCGGUGAUUCUGCUUUUGGAAAAGAAUUUAAACGUGUUCACUGUUGCGAUAUUGCACAGAAAGAUGUGCAAUCAAACGCCCUCAGCCCCAUGUCUUACUUCAAA